AUGGGUCCACUGAAACUCAGUAGUGCCCAGAGGGCCGCGAUUCUCGCAAACCCCGAUGGCCUUCAAUACAUCAACGUCCUCCCAAAGCCGCCACUCGGCACAACCUGGAUUGGCGGCUAUGCACUUGGUAGAGGCGCUUAUGGCGAGGUCACAUUGUGGAUUUUGCUUGACAACGUAACGCAGAAGCCUCUCAAGACGUGUGCUAUUAAGGAUAGCUUCGACAAGCACUCUACCAAAGAAGAGGGUCUCUAUCAAAAUGUCUACCAACAGCUCGUUCGCAAAGGCUUCGACUUUGACGUUGACCCAGAAACUGAGCUAGGUCACGCUCGCAGCGACCAGAGGUUCUGCAAGGAAGCCUAUCUUCAAGGCAUCAUGACUGAGCCUAAUUCGAAAGAAGAGAUGUUCUCUGUGCCCAUGUGGGGCUAUAAAAAACAGCUCCCUAGUCUCCGAGGAUCGGAAUAUAACCACUGGAGAUUAUACAUGCCUUUGUAUGAUUAUUCAAGCAUGUUCAACCUAAUGUACGCCCAUAGAAAGGCCCGCAAGGCAAACCCGGAACCCUUCAUCUGGCACACUCUUCACUGCUUAUUUAGUGGAGCUGUGCAGUUGCAAGAGCAAGCCCAGAAACGCGAAGGAUCUACCAAAUCAGACAUUAUUGUCGUUUUUGAUAUGAAACCCGACAACAUAUUGCUUGCCCCGCCCUCACGCACGUCGGGCUUUCCCAUCUAUCCUCGCCCUCACAUCGCUGAUCUCGGAGGCGGAUGUUUGACCAACUCUGAGGAUGAACUGAAUCGCAAGUCCAAACUGAUCUGCGCAUUGACGAGGGGCUACGUACCGCCGGAAAUCGAUGCGCAAUAUGUGUACGAUGAUCCCAAGACUCAGAACAUGGGAUGCCAUGAUUGGACGAACGUCUGGCAGAUUGCAAGAGUGGCCGAAGCAAUGAUGAAGUUGACCAUGCAACCGGACCAGAUCGAGUAUCGUCUUGGAAAAAAAGUCGAGGAAAUGGAACCCGAGAUCUUGGAUUGGGAGGGCGAGUUACCUGGUCAGGAUUAUUCGAUGGAUCUGAGACGAUUGCUAUCCCGCUGUUUGAAAUUCGACCCAACAAAGCGACCAACUUCAAGAAGAGUCUUGCAAAGCAUCACAACAAGUCCGGCAUUCCUGCAACACCGCCAUGGUAUGGACACUUUUGGCAACGAUGCAUGGUUUGAAGAGCAACAACGAAAACACGACGAGAAGAAAGCUGCAAAGCCUUCGCCAAAGACCACGCCACCAACACUUGAAGAGGUCGAGGCAGCGACCAAGAAGCGAAAGCGUCUCGCAAACGCAGAAAUCUACACGCGAGCAUGGGAGGCAGACAAACGAGCAAAGUUCCGCGAGCUAGAAGUUCUCCCCGACGAAAAGUUCGACCUCGAAUACGGGUACAAUGAACUUUGGAGCACGGCUCAGUUCCCAUUGAGAGAUGAGAACGGCGCUUUUCUCUACGACCUCGACCAUGAUUUUCUCCCCGAUGGCACACCAUACAUGAAAGGCCACACUGCUAGUGUUGACAUCGGGGGAUUGAAGAUAGCGACUUCCAAAACUGCUGUCGAAGGUGAUGCUGGCGAUGAGGGUGAGAAUGAUCAAGCAGGUGGUGACAACGGCGACGAUGAUGAAGACAAUUCGCGUUCACCAAGCCCGCCGUUCCUUUCCAUUUAUUGA